AUGAAGUUCCUCCUCUCCACCACCCUCCUGGCCUCCCUCGCCCUGGCGUUCCCCUCUCCUCUCCCACAAGAGGCUACCUCCGUCGUUCCCCAAACCGACAUCGACAUCGACGACUCCCUCGUAUCCUACAACUUCACUCCCGCCUUCACCUCUUCUCUCGACGACCUCUUCAACCUCCUCGACUCCAUCCCCGACUCCGUCUUGGAGUCUGGCGACGAGGCUCUAAACCAAUGGUUCAUCGACAACGACCUCCGCGAUCCCAGCGCUGAUCUUCUCCUCGACACCACUCCCGCUCUCGAAGUCGAUGACCUAGACCUCGUCGGCGAUGAGACUCUCGUCGAGCGUGGCGUCCUCGUCGCUCGUGCCUCCGCCUGGAAGAUCGCCAAGUGCGUCGCUAGCAUCGUGCAGAUGAUUGCCACUACUGCCGUUCCUGCUGCCAAGUUGCUUAAGAUCAAGAAGUACAUCAAGGCGCUGGGCGGUGUCAAGGAGAGCGUCAAGUUGCUUUUGGGCGCGACGACCAAGGCGGAGAAGCUCAAGGCUGGUGGAAAGGCGCUGGUUUAUUUGAGUGCUGAACUGUUGGGUAUUAGCAGUGUUAAGGCUGCUUGUUUUUAA